GCCAUAUAUAUUUCAUAAGCAUAUUAAAUCACACUCUGCGUGUCGUUUAACUAGCGUUACGAUCGUUGGGUGUUGCUUCCGUAACCCUGGGGCAACGUUAGAUGCACAGAUUUAUGCCUUGAAAACUUGCACAGUAGUUCACACCUCAAAAAUAUUACGUGGAAAAGUAAAUUAACGCUAAUCAAGAUGAAGGCUGAACUUGCGCUGUUUCGCAAGUGGCCCUACGACAGCGUCAGCUUGUCCGACCUCUCACUGGUCGACUGCAUCGCCAUCCAGGGCAAAGCUCGUGUUUUUACACCUCACACCGCCGGAAGAUACCAGAAGAAGCGUUUCAGGAAGACUCUAUGCCCAAUUGUCGAGCGUCUAGUCAACUCAUUGAUGAUGCAUGGCAGGAACAGCGGAAAGAAACUGAAGGCUAUCCGUAUUGUUAUGCACGCAUUCGAGAUCAUCCAUUUGAUGACGGACCAGAACCCUAUUCAGGUAUUUGUAGAUGCCGUGAAGAACGGUGGUCCCAGGGAAGACUCUACCAGAAUCGGUUCUGCAGGUGUCGUACGUCGUCAGGCAGUCGAUGUCUCUCCACUAAGGAGGGUUAACCAGGCUAUAUACCUGAUAUGUACCGGUGCCAGGAACGCAGCAUUCAGAAACAUCAAAACUAUCGCGGAGUGCUUAGCUGACGAAAUCAUGAACUGCGCAAAGGAAUCGCCCAGCUCCUACGCCAUCAAGAAGAAAGAUGAAAUCGAACGUGUUGCCAAGGCUAACCGUUAAACAGUAUUCAU